GUCACUCUCCCAGAAUGCCUGGCUUCCAGCGCGGCGCCCAGCAGUCAAGGCCCGAAGUCCAACAAACACCUUUAAACUUGUUGCAAAAUGUCGACAUGGAGUCGGAGCGGAGGCUGGACGGAGAGGUGGACCUAGGCUCAGUCGUGUUACUCGUCCAGACUAGUCCAGGAAUCUUCAUGCUGCAUGUUGCAGGGGACAGCUCUAAUUGGCACAAGCAGGCAUGUCAUCAGGGGCUGUCUGAGUCUGUGAAGAUGCCGGGCUUCCUGUCAUUCAGCUACUGAAUGCUAAAUUAGACUGCAGGCCAACACAAGAACAUUUCUCAGGAAACACACAGACCCAGUCUCAGCUUCCAAAGCUCCUCAUCACAACAGCCCUUUUGGGGUUGCUAUGGCAGCUGCUGUCACAGAAACCAAGUGCUGGACACAGGCUUGCCCCAGUAAGGCAGGACAGACCUCUAGUCAUUGCUGCAAGAGACCGUCAGACAGCACUUAGCAUUUAUCUUGCACUUUAACAAACGAUCUGAAUUCCGUGGGCUGAUAGUACCGUCUCCUCAUGAGUUUUGUGUUUAUCAGCGCAGGCUCGUGGCCAGAGUCCCUGAGCAGCACAGCCGAAACCCACCAUUGUAUUAGACCAUGUUCCACCAGCAAGACCAUCUAAAGAGCCAGCCACAGGAGAGCCAUCCUGCCGUUCGGCAGCUUUUUCACUGCCAGGACUGUGGGAAGCAGUACAACACCCAGCUAGGUUACAGACGCCACCUCGUGGCAGCUCACAGUGCUGCAGCAGCCCUGCCCUGCUCAGAUGUCGCUCCUUCCCUGCUGGAGCACCUGGGUGGCCAUAUUGACAGGCCUCCACCGUCAGAGGGAAGCAUUAAUGUUGUGGUGCCAGUAAGAGAGAGGAAGUACUCCUGUGAGAGAUGCGACCGCCGUUUUUACACACGUAAGGAUGUGCGCCGUCAUGCGGUGGUGCACACAGGACGCCGUGACUUCCUGUGUCCGCGCUGUGCCCAACGCUUUGGCCGCAGAGACCACCUGACUCGCCAUUUGAAGAAGAGCCAUGCCCAGGAGACGGGGUUGAUGCCACCCUGCAGUUCCAGCACUCCUGUGGCUACACCGAGCCCCUCCACUAUGUGCCCAGUAAAAGAGGAGCCCAGCCCAGUCACCACUGAGAUGGCCUCUGUCUCCAAGGAGCCCAUGGAGACUUUUUCCAGGGAAAUGUACUCCUCGUACCACAUGGCCAGUCCUGUCCCUGGCAUGGGCCAACCUCAUGGCCUUAUUCAAGGCUCCUUGUCCUCGAGCAUGGGUGUGGCUCGCCACAUGCCCGCUCAGUCUUCCCAACCCCACCAUCAUCACCUGGCACCAUCGGCAUCUCCGCAGCAGCAGCAUUACAGCAACAUGCCACGGUACCAGCACCACGGCUCUACCUCAUAUCCUCGUGGCGACGUGGACAGCUUCCUGCUGGACCUGCAGAGUGCCCCCGCGCCUCACCUGAGUGCAGUAAACUCCUCUACCUCUACUUCUGCUUCCCCUCAGAGGGACGUUCUGGCUGAAGGGGUGAGUGCUGGUGGUGACCCACACUUGAUGUCCAGGAGCCCUGCUGUGCCCUCAGCUGAGUUGUCCUGCACCACUAACAUGGACCUGGGACCCCUGCUGAGCUUCUUACCUUUCAGCCUGCCACCGUACAGCCCUCACAUGGGGAUGGGAAGCUUAGUGAUGAGCUAUCCAACUACCACCACCACCACCGCGUGCUCUCCAUCCUCUUCCACCGGGCUGUCCUCCCAGGCUCCAGGGCCGUUCACCUUCUUCCAGUCUCCGCAGGCUAAUGCACCACAGGGCCCUGGGCCCCACAACCACACCCAACUACCUCAGGCAUACAGCAGUCCUGCUAUGAGCACAUCCACUUCCCUACCUCAUUACUACCAGGCCUUUCAGCAGUAAGCAGCUGUCCCCGCGCAGUGCUCGAUGUCUUUGUUCAUGAAAAUAGUCAAAUUAAGGAACGGCGUCUUUACUGUAAAACAGAUGUCUUGUUUUAGAUAUUGUUGAACGCAACAAAUCACCUCAGCAGUAUUACCUCAUUAUUUAAAGUAAGCUUGAAUGUUUAAGAAGGUGUAGAUGUUUUAACUGCAACCAAAAUAUACUUGUACUUCUCCAUCUAGAAACAGUAGAUGCACUUCAUACGGGUGCUGCUCAUUGCUCUCACUGAGCCUGUCAUCUGUGAGAAACGGACACCUUCCUUACUCAGGUGGAUGUGAAAACAUUGGCGCAUUACAGAGAGCGAGCACUACCGAAAA